AUGGGACAGCCGUCUUUUCAGGCAUCAAAUGCCCUCAUCUACGUGACCUAUGGUCUAUUUCUGUAUGGAUAUCUUCAUAUGUUCAGCGUUCCUAGUUGUUAUACUGGACAUGAGCCUGUUCCACACCUAGAGGAUGCACUAACAACAUGGAUGUACAGCAUCAUCGGUACAGGCAUUGCCUGGCGGAUGCGUAACCAGUCCAAGGGAGAGUUCCUGGCUGCAUUGCCGCUUGCUCUGAAUUUCAUCGCCUCUGCGAUGGGAUCCGGUAUCCUGUUCUCGUAUCCUGAGCUGGCGACCAUCUCUGGCGUUCAGGGCGUUGUCACCUAUGCUCUCGCCUCGUCCCUGCCCCUAUUCGUCUUCGCGACCCUGGGGCCUAUCAUCCGGAGAAAGUGCCCCGAGGGUUUCGUCCUCACCGAGUGGACGCGCCAGCGAUAUGGCCUCAUCGCGUCCCUGUAUCUGAGCUUCAUGACCUUGGUGACCCUGUUCCUUUACAUGGUCUCCGAGUUGUCUGCCAUUGGCCAGGUAGUCUCGGCGCUCACCGGCCUGAAGGGCCUUCCGGUCAUGAUCGUGCAGUGCGUUGUUACAACCAUUUACACCUCGUUGGGUGGUUUCAAGAUCUCCUUCAUCACGGACAAUCUGCAGGGAGCCCUGGUGCUUGGCCUCAUCGUCAUUGCCACCAUCUGCGUCGGCGUCGAGACCAAGAUUGACCGCUCCCUCAUCGAGUCCUCGGGCCUGACCAAGGCCAACCUGCUCGGCUGGCAGCUGCUCUACAUCCUCCCCGUCGCCAUUCUGACUAACGACUUCUUCCUGUCGAGCUUCUGGCUGCGCACCUUUGCCUCCAAGACGGACAGGGACCUGCGGAUCGGCAUCUCGAUCGCCUUCGUCGCCAUCCUGAUCAUCCUGACUCUCGUCGGCUGCGCCGGCCUGGUCUCGGCCUGGGCGGGCACGUGGCCCGGCCCGGACAACGCGGCCGGCUCCGUCGCCUUCUUCCUGCUCCUCGAGCAGCUGCCGAGCUGGGUGGUCGGCAUCGUCCUCGUCAUGACCGUCACCCUGUCCACCGCCGCCUUCGACAGCCUCCAGAGCGCCAUGGUGACCUCGGCGUCCAACGACCUGUUCCGCAACCGGCUCAACAUCUGGUUCAUCCGCGGCGGCGUCGUCCUCAUCAUCAUCCCCGUCAUCGUGCUCGCCCUCAAGGCCCCCUCGAUCCUGCAGAUCUUCCUCAUCUCGGACCUCGUCUCGGCGGCGACCAUCCCCGCGCUCAUCGUGGGCCUCUCGGACCGCUUCUACUUCUGGCGCGGCUUCGAGGUCGUCGUCGGCGGGCUCGGCGGCAUCCUCUGCGUCUUCAUCUUCGGCACCGUCUACUACGGCGACGCCCUCAAGGGCGCCCAGCUCAUCCUGCUCGAGCAGGGGCUCUACCAGAACGACUGGUCCGCCUUUGGCGCCUUCGUCGCCGCGCCCUUCGGCGGCCUGCUCUCGGGCUGCCUGGCGCUGGCCUUCCGCGUCGGCUUCACUUGGGCGCGCGCCCGGCUCACGGGCCGCCGGUUCGACGCCUUUGACAGGCCCGCCGACUACCUGGCGCGCCAGGCCAGCGACGACGACGAGGUCAUCGUCGAGCCGACGGAGCACAUGGAGCCCGGCAUCGCCAAGAAGCACGGCAAGUUCUUCUAG